UUGGACCCCCGGCUCUGCUCUCAUCGCCAUUGCUGCUCUCUUCUUCCUCCUCCCUCCCCUCGUCUGUCCGUUGUUCUCCUCACAAUUUUCCUGUAAAUUUCCUGGCGGAAAGCGUCUCGUUUGUUCCGUACUGGAACGGCGCCGACGGUGAGAGAAAGAAGAGAGUGAUUGGUGAGCGGUAGGACGAAGGAACCUGACUGGAGCGGUGGCCGGAGGCCAAUUUUGAUGCGUGGCCUCCUCGAGGUCCAUGCGAUUGGCAGAGACGUCGCGUCGCCGAGCCCCUUGAGACUGAAAUCUGCUCCGGCAUUGGACAUGAUGAGGUACCAAAGACUCAGCCCGGACUGCCUCCCGCUCGCGAACGGCGGAGGCAGCGGCGUGGCCCGCAAGCCGGCGUCGAGAUCCUCCUUCAAAGACGACGACGCCGCCACCGACGGUUCCCGGCUGGCCUCCUACCUCGCCGCCUCCCAGCCGGACUCCUCCUCGAAGCCCGCGCGGGCGCGCGCGCCGCCGCCGCAGACGGCCACUGCCAGGAGCCCGGCGCGGGACCACGCUCAUGGCGACUCCUCCGACACGGCCUCCCCGAGCUCCAACGCCGGCGACGUGCUGCUGCAGUGGGGCCACAACAAGCGGUCCCGCUGCCGGCGCGACGCGUCGUCCUCGUCGUCCGCGGCCCCCUCCCCGCAGCGCCGGCUGAGCAGCGGCGGCGUCAACGGCAAGAUCCAGCGCCGCGCGUCGGCGCCCACGGAGAAGCUCAUGCCGCCUCCCCCGGCCGCCACCGCCAUCACGCGCGGGUCCAACCUGAGGUCCGCCUCCUCCUUCCCGGCCCGCGCCGCCGGCGGAGACGCCAACCACCACGGCAACAACAGGUCCGUCGAGGAGCGAUCGGGCGGCGCGCAGAAGCGGCAGUCGCCGGACAAGGCGCACAGCAAGGCGGCCGCCGUGGAUCACAUGGAUCCCAAGAACAGCAACAACCACCACCAUCCAUACCACCACCACAACAGCGACUCGCCGCUGGUCGCCAACGGCGGCGGCGGCGAGAAGCUGGGCGCCGUCGAGCGGUUCGAGCUGCCCCGGAUCUACAUCUCGCUGUCGCGCAAGGAGAAGGAGGACGACUUCUUGGCCAUGAAGGGCACCAAGCUGCCCCAGAGGCCCAAGAAGAGGGCCAAGAACGUGGACAAGUCGCUCCAAUUCGUGUUCCCGGGGAUGUGGCUCUCGGAUUUGACCAGGAGCCGAUACGAGGUGCGGGAGAAGAAAUGCGUGAAGAAGAGGCGAAGAGGGCUGAAAGGGAUGGAGAGCAUGGACAGCGACUCGGAGUGAAAGAGGAGGAGACGCCGGCCUGCGAAGCCAGACAACAAAGAUGGGGAUGUGCUGGCCGUGAGUGGAGAAGGGAAAGUUAUUAGAAGAAAAACACCCGUAGAGAGAGCUUUAGCCAAAACCAAGGGACGUGUCUUUUGUAAAUGGAGGACGGAGGAGGCGCCGCGGGCAUGAAUGUUCUUCCCUUGAGCUCCCGGCAGACGAUGAUGAUGAUGCCCCGGCUGUUUUUCUCUUUUCGGAGUACCAUUUUGGGGUUCGCGUGGCAUCUCUCGUACUACGCUUCUGGGCGGCCAGACGGUGACGUGCUCGGCCGGCGGCUUCGCGUCUCCUCUGACCUGGGGUUUAUUUUGGAAUGGUGUCUCUCUUCGCGCUUAUAGCUAUUCGCCAAUUUCUAUUCUUUGUGUUUAGCUCUCUGUUUGCUGCGAGACUGACCGGCUGAGUCAAAAUGAUCCGACGUGUUAGUGAAUAUGAGCGGACAGGACUUUGCCCUUAUGAGUUAUGACAGUGCGUGAUGCAAGCGGAGAAUACGCCUGUAGAGAGAUGCAUCAAUUGAGCAAGUGGUCCUCGAUUAUUUGAUUUUCGAAAAAA